AUGCCAUUGAAUAUCACUGUAUUGAUAUCAGGCUCAGGUACAAAUUUACAAGCUUUAAUAGAUGCACAAAAUGAUGGCAAUUUACCCAACGGUGAAAUAACCCAAGUCGUCUCAUCAUCAAGCACUGCUUACGGUUUAACAAGAGCUGAGAAGAGUAAGAUUCCAACCAAAGUUCAUGCGUUAAAAGAUUACUAUAAAGGUAUUCCCAAGGAGGCAACCGAUGAGAGGAAGGCAAAAAGAGAGCAGUUUAACAUCGACUUGGCCAAUCUUUUGAUCUAUGGGUCGGUUGACAAAUCUAAAGAGGAUGAAGAAUACACCAAGCCUGAUUUAAUUGUUUGCGCAGGCUGGAUGUUGAUUUUAGCCCCAUCAGUAUUGAAACCAUUGGAGGAGGCAGGAAUCACUAUCAUAAAUCUACACCCAGCUUUACCUGGUGCUUUUGAUGGUACACAUGCCAUUGAUCGUUGUUGGAAAGCCGGUCAAGAUGGCGAAAUUACCGAAGGAGGAGUUAUGAUCCACAAAGUUAUUGCCGAGGUUGAUCGUGGUGAACCUAUAUUGGUUAAGAAAUUAGAGUUAAAGAAGGGCGAACCGUUGGAAGAAUACGAGGAAAGAGUACAUAAAGUGGAACAUGUAGCUAUUGUUGAAGGCACCAACAAGAUAUUGGAAGAGUUGAUAUUGACAAAGAAGCUAGAUAAACUCAUUCUAUAG